AUGGCAACUACGAUCUACCAACAAAAGCUGUGGCGAUUAACUGUUGAGCUUGGUACUCCUAGCAUACUGGACGAGAUCUAUCCCGAACUGUCACAAAUCUUACAAGGACAUAAUGAAUGGCUAGAUGUCGGAAAUAGCCUGUUCAAGUUUCCAGCCUCUCCCGAGCGCUGCCCCGUUAACAUACCCAACCUAGCUCCAGGCUAUGCUCUUCCGGAGUCAGCAACGAUGGUCAGAGCGCAGGGUAUCUCGCUGCUCUUUGAACCGAGCGAUAUCAAGCCCGAGCUUGACAUCAUCUUCAUCCAUGGCUUCACCGGUCAUCCAAGGUUGACGUGGACCCUGGACAAGAAGAAGGCCGAGAAAAGAAGAAAGGCAAACAACGAUGCCCCGAGCCACAAUGUUCACAACAGCGGACAAACAGCGGACGUCUUCUGGCCAAAGGACCUGGUCCCAACAACGCUACCGUCUGCCAGGGUCAUGACUUUUGGCUACGAUGCCAAGAUACGACAUUUCUCUCAAGGCCAGAUCAGCAAAAACACCGUUCAAGACCAUGCUCGGGAACUCUUGGAGCAAUUGAGGGAUAAGAGACCGUCAGACGCAAAAGGAUCUCGCCCGCUGGUCUUCAUCGCACACAGUUUGGGUGGGCUAGUUGUCAGAGAAGCCCUCACUCUGGCCAGUCAGCAUCAGAAUGAUCAAGCCAGUACCGCCCGCUACGAAGAUAUUUUCCGGUCCACUGUCGCCAUCAUAUUCUUUGGCACGCCGCAUCGAGGGGCUGAUCCGCGAAGUUCCUUCCAUCGUCUCCUCUCAGGCUCUGCUCUUCGACUUGGCGUCGACGUCAAUGUCCAUAUCGUCGACGCUCUGAUGCCCAACGUGAACAACUUGCAGAAACAACUGAGUUUGGACGACUUCAAGACGCUCGCAGCACAACGAGGCUGGAUCGUCUACACUUUCCAGGAGGAGUAUGGGGUGUCAAGUCUGUUCAGCAGGAAGACGAGCGAUCAACCUAGAAAGUUGACAGCACCAUUGCCACAGCCAGCUCCAAUACCAGUCGCAGCAUCAGUUAUGGAACCGGGCGACGAAUCCAACGAGAAGAGGGAUUUGAGACAGAAACUGGUACAAAGCCUUAAAUUUGAUCAACUUGGGGCAAGAUCCAUGAAUAUUGAAGCUACUUACGGAAAUACUUGCCAAUGGUUCCUGUCAAAGCAGGAAUAUGUUGACUGGCAGAAACCCGGAAGACACUCGCCAAGUUCAUGGUUUCUGUGGAUCAAAGGGAAACCAGGCACGGGCAAGUCGACACUGAUGAAAUACCUGCACUCAACGAGACACUGCAGAGGAUCCACGAACAUAUUGUUAUCAUUCUUCUUCAAUGCAAGAGGCGCCUACCUGGAAAAGUCCACGAUUGGUUGCUAUCGGGGGCUUCUGUUCGCUUUGUUGGAUGGCAGGGACAACCUUUGGCCCUCCCUAGACCAUCUAGGCAAUACAGGGUCCGAGUAUAUACUCAAGGACAACUGGACCGUCGCAUCACUUACGCAAACACUUACACGAGCGAUACAAAUGGCACAAAGUCAAGCUAUCGAAAUCUGGAUCGACGCAUUGGAUGAGUGCGAGGAGGACGAGGUCCGGAAAAUGGUAUCCUUUUUCGAAGACCUGGCGGACUUGGCCGACAGUCAGGACAUCGACCUCAAGAUUUGCUUCGCCAGUCGGCAUUAUCCAUCCGUCACUUCUCGGAAGGGAAUCGAUGUAAUUCUGGAACUCCAACACAAUCAUGACGAAGACAUAGCUCGGUAUAUCGAGGCCAAGCUUUACGUUGGGGCAGCACAGGCGGAGAUCAAGGCCGAGCUUCUCCGGAAAUAUUCGGGCAUCUUCUUGUGGGUCGUGCUUGUUGUCCAUAUGCUAAACCGAGAAUACGCCAGGGGGAAUGUUCUGGCCUUACGAAAGCGGCUUGACGAGAUUCCUGCCGAUUUACAUGCAGUGUUUGAGAAAGUAUUGGCCAAUGAUGAAGGUGAUAACGAGGAACUCGUCCUCCUUUUCCAAUUGGUUUUGCGUGCAGAACAAGCUCUUGAGCCCGCCGAGCUGUUUGUUGCUAUCCAGCGCGCAAAGGAACCUCAAGGCCCUCUACAGCGGUGGGACAGGAAUAAGCCACCCAUGUCCCCAGAAGCCUUGCAGCGCUGGGUGAACAGUUCUUCCCGCGGACUGGCACAAGUCACGCGACCCAGCAAAGUAUAUCCAUAUUAUUGGUGGUACAAUGCCAACAAACCAACCGUUCAGUUCAUCCACGAAUCUGUUCGCGACUACCUGCUUGGAAAAAGCGGUAACAAGUAUACCUGGUCUGGGUUGUCAAAACUUGGAGACGCUUACCAAGUGUGGGCAAAAGUUUGCUUGGAUCAUAUUCUGGCCGUUGAUAUAUCCAUCAAUGAUGAUCUUCUCGAUGUGCUUCGAUACCCUCUUACGGCAUACGCUGUGGCUUAUCUGCGUCAACACACGAUGCGGGCCAUCCCAAAUCGAUCAACGGAACAAGAAGAAACGGAGAGGGGAUAUGUUUUGGCGAAGACAUAUUUCCGGCCACUUUGUUCGACAGAAAGGCUCGAAUAUCGGGAAUACGUUUUGGCGAACACAUAUUACAGAACAUUGUCCGUGGAAAGGAUCGACUACCUGGAACGCUCCAUUCAAGCCAUGCAUCAGUCGGAAGAGACCUUGCAAUCAGCUGUAGACAUGGGAGAAACCGAGGGCGGGUUAUCAAUUUUUAAUAACGAAUGGGUGUAUAGUCGUACGGAGCUCCAGGCCGGUUUCAGAUUUACCAAAGUCACGCGCGCCCGGGGAGAAAUCUGGGCGUAUCUGAAGAAUACAUCCGAGGACCCUGAUGUUGUCAUUCGUCGCCUUAUAAACAACGAGUUACCGAAUACUUGUACAUCGGAGGACAGUGAUGUCCUCCUUCGUCAUUGUCAAGACAUCGAACAGCUUUUUCUGUUACCUGAGAUAUCCCCACUUGAACAGGAAAAGCGGUUCUGGACCGAUUGA